UCCCCGGAAAUGCAGCGCGACUGAUAUCCUUUCCCCAUAUCUUCAGCCAUGUCCCAUUGGAUUGCUACAUCCCCAUGAUGAGCGAGAUCAUCAAGUGAAUGAUGGAUGAAGGCUUACCUUCGACUCGGUCAUCCCAGUCAUCUUUAGAUUCACUCUUCUUAGAGCGCUCUCAGCAACAGACGGAAUUGACUCGGGACGAACAACCAGAUGUACCCAUUUGUUCUGUCCUCCCGCCCCCUUCCGUUGAAGGGCUGUACGUGUACAAGGAUGCGAUAGAUCGGAUGCUCGCCCGUGAGUCAUAGUUUUAGUUGGAUCUUCGCACCUGAUCUACCAUAGGACGAGUUAUGCAAGGGAUCGAGUCGAGUGCAUUUUUCGUCAAUUCUCGAGAUCAAGUUAUGCUGUUCGAGCGGAAAGCGUCAGAGAUAUCAUCGAGCGGGUACAAAUCUGCCUCUCAGUUACCUGUAUACCUCCACGAACUCUUGGGUGACCUGAGCCACAGCUUGAAACCUCGGCUCCCAGCACAUGUCUGGACCACUGUAUUCCGACAAGAUCUCGCACGACAAGUCAUCAUCAACUUGUACGAGCCGGGUCAAGGUAUCACUCCGCAUGUCGAUCUCAUCAACCGAUAUGCGGAUGGCAUAGUUGGAGUCUCACUAUGCGGUAGCGCAAGCAUGACCUUUGAACACAUCGCGCGGCCUGAAGAGCGGUAUCACGUCUUUCUACCGUCUCGAAGCGUGUAUGUGCUGCGUGGCUCUGCCAGGUACGACUAUUCUCAUGGUAUCGAGGGACGAGCCUUGGAUCUUGUGAAUCGAGGCGAUGGGAGAAUAGACACUAUCCUUAGGGAGUCUAGACUGAGCAUCACCUUUAGAUGGAUCAAAGAAGGCGGGGAUAUUUUGGAUUGAUUAGAUACGGCUCAGACGGCGAGCAGAGA